CACACGAAUGCGCAUGCAUAAAUUUUACGUGUGAUCAGAAUCGUUCGAUAAAACAUGUGUUUGCCUUCCGAAGAGAAUUGGUGAUAUUUCGAAAAGCAAAAUAAAUCAGGUAUACGUGUCGUUGACUGGGAACAAUGAGUGAAAUUUUCGUGAGUAAAAAAUAACCUCCAACACGUCAGUUAUUCGAUCGAAUUCGAGUACUCGGAGCACGCUGGUUCUCGAAAUGAGUUUUCGGUUUCUCCGCACGGCUUAUGCGUGCGCACGAGUCUAUUAGUAUAUGCAUGCAGCCGACAAUAAUCGCGCCGAUCCACAGAUUGCGUCACUGAAACUGUGGCGAGGACGACCUUAAUCCUAGGUAAGGAAAAAACAACGAAAACUAACCGACUAAUAAACCCACUUGCAGUCGGAGUUGGAAUUAAUUAAAUUAUACACGCACGUCUGAAGAGGAGGCACGCAUCCAUGGGAUCUAGUUGUAAAAAUGUACAGUCCGAUGCCAUUAAUUACCGAUAUUUGGCAUCAGGUGAAAGAGAAUGAAAUAAACGUAUAAGAAAGUAAUAAACAAAACACCGAAAAUGGAGACAAACGAAGUUGAAAAUGCUGAGAAAGUUCGCUCCGAAAUUACCAAUAGCAAUAGUUCCGCGGAUGCCGUGAAGCCUCCGAAGGAUGCCAAAGGUGCCAAGAUAGUUGAAGAAAAACUGAUGAAAGUAAACGUACAGCUAAAACCACCGAUAUCGCCGACUAGUCUUUUAGCACAAAAUAUAGCCCUCUUACCUACGGGGGUCGCCAAAGUAAAGCAAUCACAACCAGCGAAUUCCGUUCCCAAAAUGAAUUCGUCAAAUUCCGGAUCAUCGAGCGCAUCCGCUACCGGAAAUCCGCGAAAUAAGACGGCACUUGCACCAGGCCAUAGCCUUAUGGAUUGGAUUCGACUAGGUGCUUCAGGAGUCGAUUUAACAGGAGUUAAUGGCGUUCCGCAAAAUGUUACUCCUUCGGAACUUGCCCGACACAACCAUCCGAACGAUGCUUGGAUCGCGAUUCGAGGAAUCGUGUACAACGUUACGAGAUACAUAGAUUUUCAUCCAGGUGGAAUGCCGGAGCUUAUGAAAGGCGUGGGAAAGGAUGCGACCAAAUUAUUUGACGACGUGCAUGCAUGGGUCAACUACCAAAGCAUUCUACAAAAGUGCAUCGUGGGUAGGUUGAAUCGUUUCGCUGGCGAGACUUCGGCACCACCCGUGAAGAUCGUAUCUCCUUCUUCAACGUCGUCUGGUCUCCUUUCGCGAUGUAUCAAACAACGUUCAACGAGUGAAACUACUACUCCGCAUCCGAAAAUGGAUUGGAUUCAAACUAGCAAUACUAUCACCUUAUUUUACUAUUCCCUACGAGAUCAUCCAGCAGUGGGUUAUCAACUAAUGCAGAUCACCGACUCUAAAUAUCAUUUUAAAUUUUGCUUCGAGAAAGAUUUCAUAAUUCACGACAUUAAAUUAUCUGGUGCUGUUAAUUGGCCUCCGAAAUGGAAGAGAAAUUUCGAAUCCAUGAAGAUGGAAAUCACAUACACAAAGAAAGAACCAGGCUUGUGGAAAACUUACGGUACUUACAAAACACUGCGCGAGCGUAACGCGAAGCAAAGAACUUACAGAGAGUACGAAGUAGUCAGCAAUACACCGCUCUGUAAGUUGGUUCACUUGAUCGUUCUUCGUACUAAAGAAUACUUGGAAAUAGUACCAAUAGGCAGGCAUGUCGAAGCCAAACUUCAAAUAAUGGGCACGGACGUAUCCCGAAUGUACACUCCGGUUCCGCCGUAUCUUCACCCUGAGGAUGUCGCACCCAACUACGAUUCCGAUUGUAUUUGCUUGAUGGUCAAGAGGUAUGCCGAUGGCGCUCUUAGUCCAACCAUGACAGCAUUAAAGUCGGGGGAAACUUUGAUGCUAAGCAAUUGCCUGGGAACCUUUACCGUCGAGAAUUUCCAACAAUUUACUAUUUUUCACAUGCUAGCUGCAGGCACCGGUCUCACUGCAAUGCUGUCGAUCAUUCAGUGGGCACUCGGCAGACGCAACGUAAGCCGUAUUAAUGUUCUCAACUUCAACAAGAACGAAGAUAGCAUAUUUUAUUCCAGGCAGUUGGAUAAAGUUCUCUCAAGCGAGCCAAGAUUCACUGUUACGCAUAUUUUGUCACAUCCGGAAGACUCCUGGACCGGUCAUCGUGGCGAAACUUCGACUAAUCUGUUGCAAGAAUUGUUUGGUCCUAGUUCUCAGGCAUGCGUUUUCAGCUGUGGACCUAGACCCUUCAUGCAGUCAACCAAGAAGAUACUUACAGAUCUUGGUUGGAACUCGUCGCAACUACACGAAUUCGACGACUAAAUUUCGCCUGAAAUAGCCCAUAAACAAGGUGCGGCUACAUCGUUGUAAUCACGAACGAUUUAUUAGCUUUAAUAAUUUGGGCAAUGACUAAUUGUGUCGUGAGAUUAAAAUGAAACGCAAAAAUAAGUGAGCUUCUUUGAAAGUGAAUCGGAAAAUUAUUUUUAUUAUGCGUAUAAUGUUGUUGAGUAUUAUUCUAUUCCGUAUGACGAUGAGAUUAGAGGAAAGAAAUGUAAGACUUAGAAUUUUCACGCCACCGGAUAUUGUAUAAAAUGAUAAAAUAUCCAAAUAAUAAUUUCGCUUUUAAAUUUUCCGUUCUCAAAUCGAAGUUAAAUUCUUUGCGGCACAACACACAUUUUUCAUAUAAUAAACCGUCAAAUGAAAUUUGUUUAACUGAUUAAUGUGCUAAGUUCAUGGUGGAUAAAAAUACAGAGGACAUUGUAUUCGAAGAUAA